AUGUUGUUAAGGCUAUGUUUUUCGUGUUUGAUAUUCGCUUGUUAUAUGAUAAACAAUAUUCUCGCCAACAACGAAAUAUGGCCUGAUGUAGUCAGCAACGAUCGUGAGGAGUAUCCCAAGCCUACAUCGUGGGCUAAUAAAAAUUAUGGACAAUGGUGUCGUAACCAAACCAUUGGCAGACACAUUCAAUGUCAAAUGGGUUCAGUUUUACAUUUAUAUACCUGCUGCGGUGAAACAGGUACGGAGUGUUGCUUUCAACUACAACCUACUGCUACUGCAUAUUUACUAUCAAUGGCACUUUUAAUUGUCAUUUCGUCAGUAUUUUAUUUAUUGCUGAAGUUUAACAUUGUAUGUCCUAUAGAAAACCCGAGAGAAAUGAACGAAUACAGUAACUCACCAAAAUCGGGAUGA